AUGUUGGCUCGGACGUACCUACGGGCACGCUUGCUGCGUCCUGCUGGUCUCCGUGCAGUGCGCUUUACAUCAUCAACAUCACCACCACUGAUUCAUAUUGAAAAUGGGACAUUCUACAAGCAAUAUCCGACCGAAGACAACGUCACGACCAAUCAUUCUCUGUUCCCCAACCUGACUUUCACCUUGCCAUCCGAUGCCAAUUCCCCUUCAGACAAGAAGAAGUCAGCCCUUCAACAUUGGGCAGUAGUUGGUCCCUCCGGGCGCACAGAUCUGCUCGACAUUUUCCGCGGCAAACACAUCGCAGUUCCACCAACCGCCCGAUCAUAUCCCUAUCUGCUCUCCGACGAGAUAGCCGCAAAGGAUCCUCGGCUUCGAAUUGUUGGAAAUGCCAUCCAGUAUAUUGGUUUUAGCGGCGAGGGUUCCGGUGCGAUCGGGGGAACGCGCGGUGCCUACUUGAGUGCUCGCUACGAAAGCUUCCGAGAGGAGACCGAUUGGUCAGUGGAACAGUAUCUUCGUGGGCAGACAUCUUUGAAUCCUCCAGAGGGAGAAGAGAAUGGCACAUUGAAGGAUGAAAAAUUAUUGCAGGAAGUGAUUUCCGAUUUGCACCUUGAAAAUCUACUUGCGAUGCCGGUUGCGAAUCUGAGCAAUGGGCAAACGCGACGGACACGCAUCGCCAGAGCCCUUCUCGAGAAACCCGAGCUCCUGCUUCUCGACGAGCCUUUCAUGGGAUUGGACCCUGCCACAACCCGCAGCAUUUCCAAUCUGCUCCAUCGACUGGCAGAGAAGCAGUCCCCUCGGCUGGUGCUGGCGCUUCGUCCGCAGGAUCAUGUGCCGGACUGGAUCUCCCAUGUUGUAUUGGUAGGCAAGAGUCAGCAAAUUCUGCAACAGGGAACCAAGCCGGAAAUCACAGCCAUGCUCCAAGCUUGGCAAAAAAUGCCUCUCAAGGGCCACAGAACUCCCAAGGACGCGGAGAAAAAGGAUCGACUGCUAGAGUUCCGCGCCCAUCUAGAAUCGGGCAAUCUUGACGAGCAGCUGCUCUAUGACUUCUCCCUGGACCAUUCACGCAAGUCUUACGCGCAAGGCCCAGCGUCGAUAGGGGGAGAAGCUCUGAUCGAAAUGGAUGGGGUUCGCGUUCAAUACGGAGACAAGGUUGUCCUCGGUGAUUGGCAGCAACAACUUCAUAAUAAAGUUGGCUCGGGCCUCCACUGGCGAGUACGUCGCGGCCAACGAUGGGCCAUCCUGGGGGCCAAUGGCUCUGGAAAGACGACUUUGCUCUCCCUUAUUACGUCCGAUCACCCUCAAACUUAUUCUCAACCGAUCAAAAUGUUUGGCCGAUCUCGUCUCCCUGAAGCAGGCCAACCCGGCAUCUCGAUUUUUGAAUUGCAAGCCCGUCUUGGCCAUUCAUCACCUGAGAUUCAUGCCUUCUUCCCGCGACAGUUGACAAUCCGCGAGGCCCUUGAGUCAGCCUUUGCGGAAACCUUUCUGUCCAAGCCUAAGCUGGAUUACGAGAAAGAUCUCGAUGUCAGCGCGGCUCUUCGAGCCUUCAAAGAAGAACUCGACCCUAAUGCAGCCAAUGAGGAUGCGACCUCCGUGGUCUCAGUCGACAAUUCGUUAUUGCCGAGACUUGAGCCAGAAGGAAGUCGCAGGCUGCGAAAACCCACCUCGGAUUUCUAUAACCCCUUGGAAUACCAAGUGGAAUACGCCGACCACGUCACCUUCGGUCAGCUGACGACUGCACAGCAGCGAAUUGUCCUGUUCCUCCGUGCUCUGAUCCAUAAGCCCGACGUUGUCAUUCUCGACGAACCUUUCUCGGGUCUCACAGCGUCCCAGAGAGAUAAGUGCCUGCACUUCCUCGAAAUGGGGGAAGAGAAACUAGGCCACCAUAUCCCGCGCGGCAUCCCCACACGGCUGCAUGGUCUCUCAGAUGAGCAGGCAUUGGUCCUGAUCAGUCACGUCAAAGAGGAAAUCCCCGACAGCGUUCGAUACUUUAUGCGUCUACCCUCCGAAUCAGGCGCGGGCUCUGAAUCGGUCGAUUUCCGUACCGGCAUGUUGAAAAAUACCAGUGUCUUAAGCGAUUCCAAGAUCUGGGAUCAAGUUUGGUCCCCUGCAAACGAAUUCCCGGCGAUCAGCGAUAAGACGGCUGUGUUUGGGGAAACCAAAUCUAUCGCCCACGAUGACUUUGAAAGAUUCGGAUACUGUACGAUAUGA